GUUUGAUCUUACUAUUCUAUCUGGUAUUUUAUGGCUUCCUAGCAGCACUCUUCACAUUCACAAUGUGGGUUAUGCUUCAGACACUGAGCAGUGAUAUACCAAAAUAUCGUGACCGGAUUUCUAGUCCAGGACUUAUGAUUUCACCAAAGCCAGACACUGCAUUGGAAUUUUACUUUAACAAGAGUGACACCCAGUCAUAUGCAGAAUAUGUUUCUACACUUAGAAAAUUUCUUGAAUCAUAUGAUGAUUCAAAGCAAUCCCAAAACAUAAACUGUACACCAGGAAGGAUUUUUGAUCAGAAUGAUGUUGCUGUUAAAAAGGCAUGUCGAUUUAACCUCUCUGAGCUUGGGCAAUGCUCUGGAAAGGAAGAUAAGACCUUUGGCUAUUCUAAAGGAACUCCUUGCGUGCUUGUGAAAAUGAACAGAAUAAUUGGAUUAAAGCCUGAAGGGGAACCACGUAUACACUGUACAUCUAAGGAAGAAGGCAUGGUUGAGAUAAAUUAUUUUCCUCCUGAAGGCUUGAUUGACUUAAUGUACUUUCCAUACUAUGGGAAAAGCUUGCAUGCUCACUAUUUACAGCCUCUAGUGGCUGUUCAACUAGCAAUUAACUCCAACAGUACCAAAGAAGAAAUAGCAAUUGAGUGUAAGAUCCUGGGCUCACCCAAUUUAAAAAAUGAAGAUGAUCGUGACAAGUUUCUGGGACGAAUUGCCUUCAAAGUUCAGAUGACUGAAUAGCAGGAGUAAAAAAUUCUCCACAAAGUAAACAUUGUGUUGUCUGUUUUGUAUCAGCUGGACAUGCCAUUCUAGGAUAUGAGACCACCUUGGAGAAUGUUAAGGUGGUUUAUGGCAUUCAGGGUAGCAUAAUAAUAUGCUUCCAACUCGUAUGUUUAAAACUCCUCAAAAUAAAUGCCUAUCCUGCUUCUGCCUGCCCCAUUGGAACAGUGUACAGACUAUAGUUAUGUCAUAGGGACCUGUAAAUAGCUGUUUUCAAACACAUAUUAAUGGUGACCUUUGUCCUGUUCUAAAAUGUGGUUUUAUCCCCCAAGUGAGUGUCUCAAGCUUAAUGUGCUGUGCUAUGUAAAUAUUGUAUUGAUUUAACACUGGUUUAACUGUCAUAUCUCAAUGCUGACACAGUUAUAGGGAUAAAUAAUAAAUGGUACCUGACUGACAUAGUGAUUUUUUUGUAAGAGUAAACACCUCCAACGUAAAUUGUGUGUAAGGGAGUGGGUGGGUGGAUGGAUGGCUGUUUGGAGAUGCCUUAAAUUGUAGACUGGGUGGUGUGGGAGAAUUGAAAUGGCAUUUAAGAGUUGGUAUGGAGUUCUGAAAGUAAGUGCUCAACUAGUACUUUCUUGUGCUUGUCACUGUGCAAGUAUUGUGUACAUGUAAUACUUGAUAUAGAGUUUGGUAUUCUAGCUGAGGAAUUGAAUCUUUCUUCGUGUUGUUAAUUGCUUGCGAUAUGUGGAGCACAAAUAAAAUCUAUACAAUAUUUUAAAACUUUUUAGUUCAGAAAUAUCAAUAUACAACAAUUUAAAUUGUUUAGGGUCUUGGUAACAGUUGUACAACAGAGCUGCUUGAAAGAAAUGGCCUCACUACCAUGGGAAUAGGCUUUCAUUUUCCAAUUAAAAAUUUCCUGGAGAACCUCUGUUUAA